AUGGCGGGUCGUAAAAUCUCGCAAUCCAAUCAAGAACUAUGGCUGAUGGCUAAGAACUGGCUUGCCAGUACAAACGUCUUGCCACAAGGACACAGAUGCUAUGAUCCUAAUCCUGCAAUCUUCGAUCUCGCUCAUUCGCUUCGAGACGGCGUCGCCUUAUGUCAAGUUGCGAACUGCCUCCGACCCUAUUCUGUUCGUGAUAUCAACUUCAAGCCACAAAUGUCACCGGUACGUUUUGAUCUAUAAUCUUAACAUCAAAGAUCGCUUUAUUUUAUUACCUAGUAAUGCCUUUUAUAUUACCUAAAAUCUUCAAAUCUAUUGAAAACGUUUGCAAAUUUUUUAUAUCUGCAUAAAAAAAAUCCCCACCGAAUCAAUGUUGUCAUGAUAUAUUGCAUUUUAAAUCGCAUUAUUUGAGUGAAGUCUUUCUGAUAAAUGUUUAGCUUUACAAGUAUUUUAAUGUUUCCUGUGUAUUUCAAUGUGGCGUAGUUUUAUCUUGAUGUUUGUGUAAAAGUUUCAUUGCAAUUUUGUCGAAUAACAAUAUUCUAUUAAAACAGGAAGUAUAAAUGGCGAAUUAUAAUUAUUUUAAUUUCUUCCUAAUUUAGUUCUUGUGUCUAAAGAAUAUACGAGGAUUUCUCCACGCCUGUGUGAAUAACUUUGGUCUUAAAGAAAGCGUGUUGUUUGAUGCCCAUGAAUUAUAUGAUGUCUCUGAUUUUGCCAAGGUAGAUGAUUCAAUGAUUUGUCAACUUUAUGCAUAUUGAAGUUGCCAUGCAAAAUGUCAAAUUCACCACCCACCAUGUCUGGAAAAUGUCUACCUGUGGCAUACCUAAUAAAUAUUCAUUUCGCCAUGGUGAAAAUGACACAGAAUAAUAGUUUUGACCCACCUAUACCCACCCAGAACUUCAAUUUGACAUUUUGCCUGACCGUAAAUAAAUUGUUUGGAAUUUUACAAUAAAUUCUGAUAAAAUGUUGUUUUGUACUAACGUCUAACAAACCUGGUUGAAGUAUUUGCAUUUAAUUAAAGAUGUUAUUUGUUAGUGCAUGUGUGUUUCACAACUGUGACCAAAGCUUGAUACCCUGAUUAUAAUUUCACCUCAGUCACAUGUGAGAAGAAUGCUUCCAGUUAGACUCUACCAAACAUUGCAAGUUUUCCCAGAAUACUCUAGUUGGUACAGAAAUCUGUUCAAAACUAAUAAUAAAAGCUAGUUGUUUGAUUGGCCAAUAUUUAUAUUGGGUCGUUCCAGAAAAAAUCCAUACUCCCCCCAUGGAGGAAAUUUCUGCCGUCAGGAGGGGGAGGGGAGAAAAAAUUGUUUCUGAUAAUAGUAAACGUAUUAGGACAUCCGAAGGGGGUAGGGGGGUUAACUUCCUAUUUCUUCCGUGGGGGUGGUAUGGAUGUUUUCUGGAAUGACCCAUUGCAAUUAAAGUAAAGUAUAAAAUUAAUGUUUUUUUGUUAGGUGGUGGUGACAUUAAGUCAAUUAUCAAAAUGCAAAGAUGCUUUAAAUGCAGGAUUAAUGUAAGUUUAUAAAUUACAAUAUGUAUUUAACCCAUUGAGUGUCAAUGAUCUUCCCUUCAUCAGUGAAUUUGUCUGUUGUUAACCCAUUAAGCUGCAGAGCUUCCCCAUUAGACAAGUAAAUAAAAUAAGUAGGGUGCAUUGCAGCUCAAUGGGUUAACUAGAGACAUUGUCAGUUUUUUGCUCUUCUCUUGAUGCAUAUAUCAUUUCUUUCAGUCCAUUUCCAAGCGACAGAGCAGCCAGUCUAAGUACUCAGUACAAAGAUGAGGAUAUUUAUGGAAAUCUUGAAGAAAUUGCAUUGUAAGUAAAUAAUGGACGUAAAUUAUUACAGUCCUUGAAACUCCCGAAAUUUCAGGUCUGCAAGAAAUUGCCGACCUAAAAGCGAUAAUUCUCUAUCUAGGUCGGCAAAUAUUUUCAAAACAAAUAGACAAUAAUCAAUGUCCAAAUGGAAAUUUAAUUUGCUUGCUGCAAAUACACAUAUUUAUAAACAGCAAUUAAUUGCAAUCAAUACCAAACAACUAACAAAAUGUAUGAACUCCAAUCGAACAGUGCAUGCAUGUUGUGACCAAAUGUUGUGACAGACCGUACACUACUUUAUUACCAUAUAUUUAAUUACUUUAUUACCAUAAUUUAUUACCACAUAUAUUACCAUAAAAAAAUACCUGUGGUUCCGGUUCCCGACCAACCCUACUUUUUUUCUGCCGACCCUAUUAUUUUUUCAAUGUGAUUGACUGUGCAACCCUAUUUUAUCCAGGUGGUUGCGGGCCGCUCAUAUAGCGUGCCAAAAUGGCGUUUGUUGCCACACUAAUUAUUGAACCAAAUUGCCUAAAUUCGUCCAUGGGAAAUAGGCAUCUCUAGUUAAUAUUGAUGUCGGGAUUCUACUGCAAAUCGCCCAACAAAAAAUCGCCAAAACCAUGAAAAAAAUAUUCAAAAAAAAAUUUAUUUCCGACCUACCGACCCUAAUUUUUUCACAAUAUGAAACCGGAACCACAGGUAUUUUUUUUUACGCCUUACUGAAUCUUGAUGCUCAACGAUUUUAACACGUAAGUUUACUUUUCAAAAGAUGUGUUCGCAGAAAAAAUGCUGAGACAUAUUUGAAAGUAGGUCGGCAAAAUUUUGCCAACCUAAAUCUACACAUAUAGCUACACAAUGCAGGUCGACAUAUAGCUACACAAUGCAGGUCGGCAUUUAGGUCGGCAUUGCCGAAUGCCGACCUGACUUUCAAGGACUGUUAUUAGCAGCAUAAAUUGUACUUGACAAAACACAGAGGUGUAACUUAACACUUGCCUGGUGCAAGUGAAUAUUGUGAUGGGCAAGUAAACGUUUUAUCUUGCUUCCCCGAUUGGGCAAGUGGCUUUGCCACAAAAAGCUGGGCAUCUUUUAAUAAGUUUAUGUUUUCAUUUCAGAUAUAAACUUUUUUAUUGAUUCAAAUUUUGUUUUUUGUGGGCCAAAGCUACUGUAGAUCUGAGACAGUAUAACAUAGCCAUAUAGAGCAGUGGGAGAAUGGGUUGACAUGUUGUCCACUUAAUUUAUACCUGAUGGCAAGUGAAUUUUAUUCAGGACAACUAAUUUUCAUGUCCAACAAGUGGUCAAAAAAAUAAAGUUACACCACUGAGUUUGUGUGUUAUAUUAUUUAGGACAAAAGAUGUAGCAGAGGAAAACGUCUAUGAUGCAGUCACCAUUGAGGACGAUACCAAAAUCUAUGAUGAUGUUGUUGCAUUGAAGAAACGUAUUGGGUUGUAUAAGGUAUGACAAACAUGGCCUGUUGACAAACAGACCAACUCAUUAAUUUCAGACAGACAGACAGACAGACAGACAGACAGACAGACAGACAAACAUUACAGACAAACAUUGCAGACAUGUAAAUGAUAGCCAAGCAGGAAAGCAGACAGAUUUGCACCAGGCAGACAGACAGACAUACUUUAUGCAGACAGACAGAUAGACAUAUGUACACCAGACAGUGCCUAGAAAUCGUUACAAGACUUGUGUGCAGACAUACAAUUCAGUUUCUAGAAAUGAUAAAAUAUCUAGAUGAUAAAAUAUGCUGUGUGUUUAGUCGCAAAAUGCACAUACUUCAAAGGCUGACGAAAAAAGAGGGUAUGUCAUUGAUGAACUGUUGGGGACUGAAGAAAAUUAUGUUGAAGCUUUAACCACAAUCAAAGAGGUAACUCAUUGUAGGAAAUGAUCAUGAAAUAUUCCUCCUUAUCCAAAUUCUAACCCAAAACUCUUUUUCAGAAAUUUAUUGAUCAACUACAGGAUGUUUUAGCUGCAGAGGAUAUCAAGAAAAUUUUUGUGAAUAUCGUAGUAAGUAUUUGACAUUGACCCUUUAAGUGGCAAUGGGUCAUUUCAGAAAGGAUCCAUACUCCCCCACGGAGGAAAUUUCUGCCGUCCGGAGGGGGAGGGGAGAAAAAAUUGUUUCUGAUAAUAGUAAAUGUAUUAGGACAUCCGAAUUAGUAUAAUUACAUAGGUGAUUAUUGAAAAUUCUCCACGCUGAUUGGUUACCGUUGAGGUGAUUAUUACGCGAUAAUCACCUAAGUGAUUUUCAAAAUGGCAGCCGAAGCCAUUUUGUCAAUUAAAAGACGAAGAAAUGUGCAUUUUUAAAUUUUUUCCAAAAAAUCACCAAUGAAAUUAUACUAAAACAAUUAUUCACCUCAGGCUCAGUGAUUAUCGUGAAUAAAAACCUUGACUUCGUCUCGGUUUUUAUUCACCGAUAAUCACCUCGCCUUCGGCGAAUAAUUGUUAAAUAUUACAUGAUGGCAUCUCAAUCAUCGACCUGUACCAGAAACGUCCUGUUGUGCCUUUCAUAUAACCAGAACCUGACAGAAAGACAUGAAAUUUUGUUAUUUAGGACCUUCUCGUGAUGCAUAAACAGUUUCUCAGUAAACUUAGAGUUGCAUGUCGACAUAAGACAGAUGUUGGCAGUUCAAUCAGUAAUUGCUUUAUUCAUGAUGUAAGUAUAUUGUGGAGAUGUAAAGCCCUGGGCAAACUAGGAAACAUUGUUGCGGAAACAUUGUUUCCUGCCAAUGUUUUGCCAUGUUUCCCAAGGUGGGCAAACACUAGGAAACAAUGUUUCCGCAACAAAAAUCGCACUUGGGAAAUGUUUCUGAAUUUGAUAGGAAACAUUUCUGCUUCUCGGGAAGCAAAUUGUGUUUCUGCAACGAUGUUUCCACGGGUGGGCAAACACAGAAACACUUGGGGAAACAUGGCGAAUCACAAUGUUU